AUGGAAAACGUGUCAGCGGUCAUCAGUGAUAUCCUCCUUUUGGAAGAGUUAGGCCACCCUGAGUCAUCCAUGUAUGCUGUCUUUUUCACAUUGCUCUUUGUUUACAUUGCACUGCUCAUAACUAAUGUUGGUGUUCUUAUGAUCAUCAUGGCCGAGAAGACCUUACACCAACCCAUGUAUUUGCUGUUUUGCAACUUGUCAGUGAACGAUAUCCUUGGUAACACAAUUACAUUACCCCACCUACUCUUUGAUAUGGUUACUAGAAACAGGCUAAUGUUUUAUCAUAACUGUGUUGUGCAAGUGUUUUUCACUCAUGUUUAUGCCUCAGCCUCACACACCAUACUAAUCGUGAUGGCCAUUGAUAGAUAUGUGGCCAUAUGCAACCCAUUGAGAUACAGUGCGAUCAUGACCACAAAGGCUGUUGUGACCCUGUCUGUGUCUGCCUGGGCUGUUCCUUGUGUAUUUGUGGGUGCCUUAGUUGGCCUGAGUGCCAGGUUGUCUCGAUGCCGAUCCACUAUUCCAAAUUUCUACUGUGAUAAUGCAUCCUUAUUCAAGUUAUCCUGUGAAGAUGUGUCUAUUAAUAACAUAUACGGGCUGUUUUACAGUGUGUUGCUAUUAGGUGGCUCAAUGGGUACUAUUGCUGUAACCUAUAUUAGCAUUGCAGUGACAUGCUGGGCUAAGAAAAGUGCAGAGCUCAACAGCAAAGCCAUUCAAACGUGUGCAAGCCACUUAGUGUUGUACCUGAUAAUGCUACUGAUGGGCUACAUCAUCAUAAUCAUGCACCGUUUUCCUGAGGAACGCUUUUUGAGGAAACUGAUGGCUGUUCUCGUUCAUAUCGUGCCUGCUCAUUGUAACCCAAUCAUUUAUGGCUUCCAGACCAAACACUUAAGGGUAACAAUUUUGAAGAUAUUUAAGGCAAAAACCACACCAUCAUAG